AUGGCUUCCUCUCGCGCUUUCUCCCCCGAUAGCACCGAAUCCCCAGUGGCUGAUGUACCAAAGGUGGCCAACCAGCACUGUGACUUGACCCCAGAUGCCACAGCUAAAAGCGAGGACUCCGAGAAACAGCCUAUUAUCCAGGUUGUCUGUCUCAUCGUUUCGGCCUUUGUCGCCAUGUUCAUGGUUGCGCUGGAUAGAACAAUCAUCUCAACAGCGAUACCUAGAAUCACUGAUGAAUUCCAGUCCUUGCAGGAUGUUGGCUGGUAUGGCAGCGCCUACUUGCUGACAUGCUGCGCGUUCCAGCUUCUGUUUGGGAAGCUAUACAAGCUCUUCUCUGUCAGGACCAUCUUCCUUUGGAGUAUUGGACUAUUUGAGGCUGCCUCUGCAAUCUGUGGAGCGGCUCCCAACUCGUUAUCAUUCAUUGUUGGAAGGGCAAUCUGUGGUAUUGGAGCGGCCAGUAUUCUUGCUGGAACUAUAAUGUGUAUCGUUCAUUCUGUGCCUCUCAAGAAGCGUCCACAAAUCCAGGGGUUGUUUGGUGCCCUUUUUGGCAUUGCCUCUGUGGCAGGGCCAUUGAUUGGCGGCGCAUUUACUUCGAAUGUCUCAUGGAGGUGGUGCUUCUACAUCAACCUUCCCAUUGGUGGCGUCGCAAUAUUUUUCAUUGCCUUCUGCCUCAAACUUCCCAAGCGAGAUACAACAAGGUUACCCUUAGUUGAGAAGCUGGUACAGCUUGAUUCCCUGGGAACUACUCUGUUAGUGCUUGGAGUGGUCUCCCUUGUGCUGACACUUCAGUGGGGGGGCCAAGCAUACCCCUGGAGCAGCGGCCGGGUCGUGGCUUGUCUCGCUCUCAUGGCAGUUUUGAUUCCUGCGUUCGUUGCUGUUCAGGUGCUUCUCCCCAAGACAGCUACGCUUCCAGCACGUAUAUUCACGCAGCGAAGUGUUCUUUCGGCCUUCUGGCAAACUCUCUGCAUCGGCUCCGAAAAUUAUAUAUUUGUAUACUUCCUGCCAGUUUGGUUUCAGUCUAUCCAAGGUAUCUCUGCUGUGAAUUCUGGCAUUCGCUUGCUACCAAUGAUGCUCUCAAUGGUCGUUGGAUCAGUGGGUGGCGGAACUAUAAACUCCAGGAUCGGAUACUAUACCCCAUUGGCAAUUAUUGGUUCCUGUAUAAUGUCGGUCGGCGCUGGCCUUCUCACCACUCUGAAGGUAGCCAGCGGCAAAGAAGAAUGGAUUAGCUAUCAAGUAAUCUAUGGACUCGGGUUAGGCCUAUGUUUCCAGGUUCCCAACCUUGCUGCACAAACUGUUCUAUCAAAACCUGACGUACCGCUUGGUUUGGCGUUGAUGUUAUUUGGACAGCUUAUUGGAGCAGCGGUCUUUGUAUCUGUUGGUGAAAACGUCCUAGCGAAUCAGCUGGUGAAGAGACUUUCCGCUCUUCCAGGGUUUACUCCCGGUCUCGUUACUUCGGGUGGUAUCACAGGACUAUUCAAUACAAUACCCACGGAUCAACAUGAUAUACUCCGCUUCUCUUACAAUGAAGCACUGCGAAGCGUAUUCCAGGAUGGCCUUAUUGUUUCAUGCGUGUCCCUGCUUGGUGCCGCCACUCUAGAGUGGAAGAGCAUCAACAGAGUGCAGAGCAAGCUUGAUACUGAAAACAAAACAGCUGGACAGGAAACCGAAAUUAACUAG